UAGUCGACAUCGACAAUGUAAUGAUGAUGAUAAUGAAAAUGAAGUUAAAGAUCAACAACAACAACAACAGCAGCAGAUAACAACUAUAGAUAUGGAUUUAAAUAUGAAUGUUAUCAUACCAAGUAUGAAUCCUGAUCAAAUAUUCAAUCAUCAACAUCACCAUCAAAAACAACAACAACAACAACCACAAGAAUGUAAAGAUGAUUCUGUAUAAAAAAUCCAUUCGAUUGAUUGAAUGUUUGUUCGUUCGUUCGUUUGUUUUGUUGUUGUCGUUGAUAAUCUGAAUCUCUGUAAUGUUUGUAAAAUACAUUCUUUUUUUCGCAUUAUUUGAUUUUCAUUUAUUGUCAUUUGUUCUAUUGAUACGAAUUCAGUGAAUGAUUAAAACUUUGAACUUCACACAUGUGCUGCCAUCUUUUAACAUAAAUUGUCAAAAAAUUGGUAGAAAUCGCCAUCUAUCGUCAAUGAAAUAAUUUUCAUUUUUGGCUCUUUUUGUGUUUGGCUAUUUUAUGAGGAGAAUCGUCGUUUGCAUCAAUCAAUCAAUCACACAUGUUGAUAAAAACCACAUCGUUAUUGACUUUUUUUUCUGUGUCAUCAUAAAAAUAAUCAUCAUAUUGAAUAUCAUCAUUUUUCUUCAAAUGUUCAUUUCAUUUUUUGUCGCUGCCAUAAAAAAAACCCCGAUUAACUGUUUUCAACCGAAAUGCCAUUAUUCGAACGAAUCGUAAUUCUUUACGGUACAGAAACCGGUAAUUCUCAGGAUUUAUCCAAAAUUAUUGCUUGGCAAUUAUCAAGAUUACAAAAAAAGAAUGGAUCGGAUCAUCAAAAAACAAUGAUGAUACAGGUGAUGUCAUGUGAUGAUUAUCCAAUAAAAUGUUUACCUGAUGAAAAAUUCAUAUUGAUCAUCUGUUCAACGAGUGGUCUUGGUGAAGCACCAUUAAAUAUGAAACUGUUUUGGCGUUUUCUGAUGCGUAAAGAUCUUCCCAACGAUUCUCUUGAUCAUCUUCAAUUCGCUGUUAUUGGUCUGGGUGAUUCAUCAUAUGCUAAAUAUAAUUUUGUGGCUAAAAAAUUAUUUAAACGUUUAAAAUUAUUGGGUGCCAAAAAUUUACUUGAUCUAGUCUUGGGUGAUGAACAACAUGAAUUUGGUCCAUUUACGAUUGAUCCAUGGUUACAAAAAUUCUAUCAGCUAAUCAUAUCUGAAACAAACUUGUCAAAAUUAACGGAUGACGAUGAAUCGCUUAUUGAACCAAGCAUUAAUGUGAUUGAAUUUUUUGAUAAUGUUCAUGGUGAUGAUGACGACGAUUCUCGUUUAUCGUUGGCGUUGGAAAACGGAUAUGAAAAUCAUAAAUAUGACCAAUUAAAUCCAUUCAAAGCACGUGUUCUCGAAAAUCGACGUAUAACUGCCGAGGAUCAUUUUCAAGAUGUUCGUCUUAUCGAAUUAGAAUUAGAUUCAACAAUUCAAUAUUCAUUGACUGAUGUUUGUGUUGUUUAUCCAGAAAAUCAUCAGGAACAAGUUGAUUUAUUUUUAAAUUUAUUCAAUUCUGAUGAAGAUGAUGAUGAUGAUGAUGUUGAUAAUAAAAGUGGUCGCAAUCGAUUAAUAGCCGAUAGAUUGAUUAGAUUGAAAUUGAAUGACCAUCAAUAUUGGAUACCACAAUCAUCAUAUUAUCAUCAUUUAAUCCAGCAGCGAAAUCCAUGUACCAUACGUGAAAUAAUCCGACGUUAUAUGGAUAUAAAUUCCAUACCGAAAAGAUCAUUUUUUGAUCUUUUUUAUCGAUUUAGUCGUGAUCCAUUGGAACGUGAAAAAUUGAAACGAUUUUCUGCGGGAGCCGAUCUGGAUGAACUGUAUGAUUAUGUUAAUCGUCCAAAACGUACAAUUUUAGAAGUUAUGACUGAUUUUCCCAAUACCACACCAUAUGUACCAUUUGAUUAUCUAUUUGAUUUAAUUCCGGCAAUGGCUUGGCGUUCAUAUUCAAUCGCAAGUUCACCGCUUUGUAAACCAAAAUCGAUUCAAAUUUUGUAUGCUGUUGUUGAAUAUCGUACACGAUUGAAAAAACCACGAUUAGGUCAAUGUACAACAUGGAUGCAACGGCAAGAAUCAAACAUAUCUUCUUUGAAUAUUUUUCUACGUACAAGUACAUUUAGAUUACCAAAUGAAAAUGAUCGACCAUUGAUUAUGAUUGCAGCCGGUACUGGUGUUGCUCCGUUUCGUGCAUUUAUUCAUGAUCGUUGCGAAAGAAAUAUUGGACAUAAUUAUCUCUUUUUUGGUUGUCGAUUCUCGGAUAAAGAUUAUUAUUUACAUGAUGAAUGGCAACCAUUAAUCGAUCGAAAAUUAUUGACAGUUUUUCCAGCUUUUUCACGUGAAAAUCCUGAUCAAAAAGUCUAUGUACAGCAUAUCGUAUGGCAACAACGAGAUCUAGUUUAUCGAUUAUUUACUGAAAAUAAUGGAAUCAUAUUGAUUGCCGGUAAAUCAAAACAAUAUCCAGAAUUAGUACGUGAAACAUUGACUGAUAUAUUUCGGGAAAAAUUAACAACAAUCGAAUCAAAUGAUCGCAAAGAUUAUUUUGAAAAUUUAAUCAACAAAUUGGAAUCACAAAAAAGAAUUCAAUUCGAGCGACAAUCUUUUGCAUUAAAUUUUCCAAUCCAACGAAUAAAUCCUCGAAUUUUAUUGGCAUCGGGUUUUGUCACUGCAACCGCAGCUGCCACUGCAUAUGGAUUACAUCAAUUGAAACAAAUUCGAAUGGCUGAAUGUCGUUCGAAUGAUCAUCAGAAACGUUUACGACCAAAUAGUAUCGAAGAAUUGGAAUUAUUCGAUGCAAUUCGUGCAAAUGAUAGUGUGAAAAUUGAUAAAUUAUUGAAAGGAAAUCGCAACCUGUAUGUGAAUACACGUCAUUCAUUGGGUUGGACCCCGUUGCAUUUAGCAGCGAUACUUGGCCGAACUGAAAUUGUUCAACAACUGCUGGAAGCUGGCGCUGAUCCAGAUGUUAUUGAUGAAUUUUCAAAUGCCGGCCAAAUUGCUCAUGAACAUCGUCUUCGUUAUUAUGAUGUCCUUCUGAUUCGUGAGCGUGAAUUUAGUGAUAUUCUUGCCAAUAAUGUAUCGUUUCUUGGUACAACUGCACUUCAUUAUGCAUGUCUUUCUAGUUCAAUCGAGACUAUUAAAGUCCUGAUGCGAUAUAAAGCUAAUCCACAAUUGGAAAAUGAAUUUGGACAUAAACCAAUUGAUUAUCUAGACGAUCAAGAUGCCGAAAUCAUUUCAUUUAUACCAGUAAUGCAACAAUAUAUGCAAGAAUAUGGUGAUUAUAUUGAAAAAUUGAAAAUCGAUGAAAGAAGAAAAUUUCCACUGGAACUACGUUUGAAGGAAGUGAUAGUUGGCCAGGAAGGUGCUAUAGCAACGGUUGCGGCCACCAUUCGUCGUAAAGAAAAUGGUUGGGUCGAUUCAGAACAUCCAUUAGUUUUUCUUUUCCUUGGAUCUUCUGGCUUAGGAAAAACGGAAUUGGCUAAACAAGUGGCAAAAUACUUGCAUGGUGAAAAAUCCAAACAGAAAGGAUUCAUUCGUAUCGAUAUGAGUGAAUAUCAGGAAAAACAUGAAGUAUCAAAAUUUAUUGGUUCACCACCUGGUUACGUUGGACAUGAUGAAGGUGGCCAGUUAACCAAAGCGUUACGUGAAUGUCCUAAUGCCGUAGUAUUGUUUGAUGAAGUAGAAAAAGCACAUCCGGAUGUAUUGACGAUAAUGUUACAACUAUUCGAUGAAGGACGAUUAACCGAUGGUAAAGGCAAAACUAUCGAUUGUAAAGAUGCCAUUUUCAUUAUGACAUCGAAUCUAGCAAGUGAUGAAAUUGCCGAAUAUGGUAUCCAAUUACGACGUGAAACCGAAGAAUUAUCAAAAGCUCAAUAUAGUGGUAAAAUUAUCAAUGAAACUGAAACAAAAAUAGAAAAAGUCGAAGUUAGCCGCUAUUUUAAAGAUCGUUUUAUUCGACCUAUACUUAAACGACAUUUUAAACGUGAUGAAUUUCUUGGUCGUAUCAAUGAAAUGGUAUAUUUCCUUCCAUUUUCACGGUCUGAAUUACAUAAAUUGGUACUACGUGAAUUAGAACUCUGGUCUAAACGAUCUAAUGAAAGACAUCAAAUACAAUUAUCAUGGGAUUCGAAUGUCAUUGGUGUUCUGGCCAAUGGUUAUGAUGUUCAUUAUGGAGCAAGGUCUAUUAAAUAUGAAGUUGAACGGCGUGUUGUAAAUAAAUUAGCUAAUGCACAUGAAAAUGGUCUUCUUCGAUGCGGUGCUAAAAUCCAUUUAGUCGUAUCAGAUGAUGGUGAAGAUUAUAAAUUGGGUAAAGUCGAACAAUCAAAAGAACAAAGUCAACAAUCGACAAAGUCGACGUCAACCGCGGAAGAACGUGUCAAUAAUGAUGAUGGAGAUGAUGAUAAGAAAUCGAAUAAAAAAAUUGAAGCUAAACUAAAAUUAUUGAUUGAAAAUCCACCCGAAAUGGCAACCAAAUCAAAGUCUAGAUUUUUUAACAAACGAAAAAAAAAAAAAUUUCAUCGUGUGACAUCGGGUUUUUUUUCUCUUUCAUUCCCGGUAAUUGAAUGAUUUCAUCUUGAUUUUUGUUUUUUGGUAUCUAGUGUAAAUGUAGCACGCGUUUAAAAUUUAUACAUUUUCAUUCAUAAAAAUAUGGAAUUUUUCCAUUGAAAUGAAAACAUUUUGAUUUUUUUUUCAAUCAUGAGUAUUUGGUUGUGUAAAAUAGUAUAUAAUCUAUUUAUAUAUACAAAAUGAAAUGAAAAAAAAAUAAAU